AUGAACAACAGCACUGAAAAUACCACGCUGCAGGGUGGCAUCGCACUGUUUCAGCUGAUUGUCUACAUCCCAGUGCUCGCUUUGGGGAUCCCACUGAACGCAAUUGCCUUCUGGGUCUUCUGCUGCAAAUUCAAGGGGUGGACUGAGACCAAGGUGUACAUGAUCAACCUCAUCGUCGCGGAUAGUCUCCUGCUCUGUUCCCUGCCAUUCUUAAUGUAUUUUACCAAGUACAACCAUCCCAUAGACCAGCUGUGUAUUGCCACAAGCAAUAUGUAUUUUACAAAUAUGCCUAUGAGCAUCUUUAUCAUAACCUUGAUUGCAAUUGAUCGAUACAUUGCAAUCAAGUUCCCUCUAAAAGCAAAGGUUUUUCGAUCCCCACUGAAAUCAGCUUCUAUCUGUGGCUUUCUUUGGAUAAUGCUCAUAAUUUAUUCCAACGUCCGUCCAAAAGUUCAGAAUAGGUGGGAAAGAUUCUGCUUUCGCAGGCGAUAUCUUGGCCCUAGCUAUCUUUCUUUAUUCGGUAAUAUCUUUGGAUAUUUUAUUCCCUUAGGUAUUGUGAUUUUUUGCUCAGUACAAAUCAUCAGAUGUCUCAAAAAGAACAUGGCCACAAGCCCCCAUGAGACAAAAUUAAUCCAGAAGGCAGUGCACAUUGUUUCUGUGAAUUUGUGUGUGUUCACUGUAUGUUUCUCCCCUUUCUACAUUGCAAUGAUCGUGCGGUUCAUAGUGGAUGUUACUGGAGCUUCUUCUAUGGUGUCAGCAGUUAACACCUCUGUUAAGAUCUCUGCAUGCUUAGCAAAUGUAAACUGCUGUUUGGAUGCAUUUUGCUAUUAUUUUGCAGCCAAGGAAUUUCCAGAAUUUUCUUCUAUGUUCUCCACCUGUAUGAGGUCCAAAACAAAAGAAAGGCAAGAGUCACAGCCACCCACAGGUCAAGUCAUGGCAUGA